AUGUACAGGAAACUUCAAAUGGCAGUGCACUGGGAGGAAUCAAUCACCAUUGAAGACGUGACCAUCACAUUCACCCCAGAGGAAUGGGCUCUGCUGGACACAGCACAGAGGAAGAUGUACAGAGCUGUGAUGCUGGAAACCAUCAGUAACCUGCAAUCCUUGGGUGACCUUAAAAUUCAUAUGAGAACACACACAGGAGCAAAACCAUACAAAUGUAAUGUGUGUCAAAAAACUUUUACUCACUGUAAUACCCUUAAAAUCCAUAAAAGAACACACACAGGAGAAAAACCAUAUGAAUGCCGUCUAUGUGGGAAGGCCUUCGCUCAAUUAUCUCACCUUACAAGGCAUGAGAGAACACACACAGGAGAAAAACCAUAUGAAUGUCAUCUCUGUGGGAAGGUCUUCACUCAGUUAUCUCACCUUACUAUCCAUGAGAGGACACACACAGGAGAGAAACCAUACGAAUGUCACCUAUGUAGAAAAGCCUUCAUUCAGUCAUCCUCUCUUAUUUGCCAUGAGAGAACACAUACAGGAGAGAAACCAUAUGGAUGCCAUGUAUGUGGGAAGGCCUUCACUCAAUCAUCUCACCUCACUAGGCAUGAGAGGAGACACACAGGUGAAAAACUAUGA